AGCGUGGCAGAGAGCAUGCUGGAUGUGGCCCUCUUUGUGUCUAACGCCACGCAGCUGAAAGUGGUGCUGGAGCAGGGGCCGUCCUCUCUUCACUACACCACCCUCGUCACCCUCAUCAGCAUCUCUCUGCUCCUGCAGGUGGUCAUUGGAAUCCUCCUCAUGGUCAUUGCUCGACUGAACCUCAACGAGGUAGAAAAGCAGUGGCGACUAAACCAGCUCAACAAUGCAGCCACCAUCUUGGUCUUCAUCACCGUCAUCAUCAACGUCUUCAUCACGGCCUUCGGGGCACAUAAGACUGGGUUCCUGGCUGCCAGGACCUCAAGGACCCCUCUCUGA